AAAUUUCCCCUAAACCAGGACAUAGUGGCAGCAGAGAAGGCUGAGUGCACCGGUGAGUAGGAAGUGCUUUACAUCCUGCAAUGGGAAAGCUCCAGCUGUGCACUGGCUUCUACUUCUAGAGCCUUUUUCUAUGGGGGCAGCUGCGGAAAGUCACCAAGAAACUUGUGACAGUGAAGAAUGGGACAGCACCUCUGUCUGAGAAGGAGAGUGUGGAACCACAGAGUGUUGUGCACUCUUGUCAGGCUGUUUAGAAAAAGCUCAACCUGAAGAAUGCCUUGUGUUCCACAGAAGCCUGCCACACUGUAAGAAAAGUAAGAAAGUAAGAAAGUGCUUAAGUGCACAUUUUGUGAUGAAGUGCCACGGCUGCGCAUCCCAUUUUCAAGCAUCAAGAGAAUUCUCAGCUGUAUCUGAUUGAGAAUGAGCUCUUGCAGCAUUUUGCAAUUCACUACACUGUUCACACAAGCCCAGCGCUCUGCCACUUGAUCAGCGGUGGCAUUCAGCUUUGCUGCUUUUCAAGGCAUGUACUGCACACAGCCACGGCGUGUUGUGCAUGGUUUUUUCUCAGCUCGAGCAACAAAGGUUCUCAUUCUGCUUCACAGUAUCCAACUCAUUCGUGCAGCUCUUCCUUAGCCAAAGAAGCCAGGAGAGAAGCCCUUUUGCUGCAUUAGUCCUUCUGUGGUAAAGACUUUCAACACAGGACCACAAGCUGGCUGAUGACGAGGGCACAUGAAGCAAUUGCUUUUUCCUGGCCCAUUUCAUCUGUGCCACUCUCUUAUGUGGUUCUUUAGUCCUUGCAAACCUCUAACGUGAGUGCUGGUCCUUCGAGCUGAUAAGGACCGUGUAGAGAGAGAGCACAGCCAUCUGACAGCAGAUUUCAGGUUGUGCAAGAAAGAGCAGUGCUGCUUGAAUGAGCUGCAAAUACAUGUUUGCACAAGUUGCAGGGGCAAGCUCCCGACAAAUGUGUUGUCCUGGCACAGUUUCUCCUUGCCAGCUGCAGUGGAAAAGCUUUCCACUUGCAUUUGGACCAAGAGACACAGAUUGCUGGGCUCCGAAGCUCAGAGAAGCUAUCUGCAAGAAGCGAUCCUCUUUCGUCAUAAACAGUGCUCUGCAGUGCUUGGCAACAGGCACAACAAUCCACGUGUGCGAGAAGAUCCCGGUUUGUUUCUGGAUGCGGGAAAGCGCAAGCGCUGCGAGAAGGCGAGUAAGGAAGGCGCUUAGCAGCCGGCUUGUGAGCGAAGAUUUCGGACUGCAAGAGGAACAUAGCUACCACUCGCCCAGAGGCCGAAUUGACGUUAGCUGUGGUCUGGAAGGAGUUCAGCCACAGCUUCCUUAUGCUGCUCCCUAUUUCUGUUGCAGCUCUCUGCGGGAACACUUGCACCUUCCUUUAGUCUCUGAGAUGCAGAGAAUGCCAUGGAAGUGGCAGCAGAGAAGGCUAGUACCGAGUGCACCAGGGCAGCUACUGAAAAUAGCCAAGAGCAUUAUUAUGAAAGUGAAGAAUGGUAUGGCACCUCUAUCCGACAUGAAGAGCAUAGAACUGCAGUGUUGUGCACUCUUGUCAGGGUGUUUAGAGAAAGCUCAACUUGAAGAAUGCCUUGUGUUCUGCAGAAGCCUGCCACAAUGAAUGUGUAAGAAAGUGCUUAAGUGCACAUUUUGUGAUGAAGUGCCACAGCUGCACGUCUCAUUUUCAAGCAGAAACAGAAUUCCCAGCUCAUACUAUAGUAUUAAUUAUGGGCAAAGCUGGCCAUAUUGCCACAAAAAUAAAAUAAAAUAUCAGA